AUGUCGACUGGCGGCGGGAUGCCCACGUCGGAUCCUCCCAAGCCAACGUCAAACCCAUCACCACCGACGUCCGCUCCUCCCAGCCCGCCAACUUCCAACGAGCCAACGAAGCCCAGCGACCCGCCAACCAGCCCGCCGUCGCCCACUCCUCCUCCGCCAUCAAGUGAACCCCCUAAGCCGCCGACCAGCGAGCCUCCAAAGCCGCCCACCUCGCAGCCACCACCACCUCCGGAACCGACAAAUGACCCGACGACUCCUCCGCCGCCGCCGCCAGAGACCUCUAACCCGCCGUCUCCUACCAAUCCCAAUCCCCCUCAAUCUCCCCCUCAGGAGUCGAGCACGACCAUUGUCAUCACCUCUACGGCGUCUGUGCCGAUGAACCCGAACCCUACCCGCCCAGCAACUUCAUCUUCAUCAUCUACCUCUACCUCAGCACCAACCUUGCCUGCAGGCUCCGGCUCCGGCGGCGGAAGCAGUGGUCUAUCUGCUGGCGGAACCAUUGCCAUUGCAGUCGUUGUGCCUGUCGUCUCGGUAGCCUUGAUUAUCAUUGCACUGUUGUUCUGGUACCGCAAGCGCAAGGCCCGUAAAUUGGCGGAGGAAGAGCGCAAGCAGGAGAUCGAAGAGUACCGCUUCAACCCCAACAAUGACCCUACUCUACCGGCCGUGGGCAUGUACGAUACCGACGUGGCCUUGAAGGACACCUCCGCUGCCGCUGGUGCCGCUGGUGCUGCUGCUGGUGCUGCGAGCGGAGGAUACCGUGGCUGGGGCACGACUAGCAACUCCCGCCAUGCGCCCACCAACACGGCCUCGAGCGGCGGGGCCGACAGCAGCCCCAUGUACGGCCGAGAGGUAUCCCCCGUCGAAGAGACCUUCCAUAUGGCCGACGACGAGCAGCGUCAAGGUCUAGGCCGUGUCGAACCUGUAGCCGCCGGCAUCCCCAAAGCCCUGCAUAUCGGUCAGCCUCCAGUCCAGCAGCAACAACCACAACAACAACCGCAGCAGCCAUUACAACACCAACCACAGGUGCCCAUCCAGCAUCAAAACACGAGUAACAUUCACCGUGGCCUGUCCAAUGCCUCGUCAGCGUACUCCACGGGUGCCCAGUCCGAUAUGUCCGACGACAUGAUGCCUCCCGGAGCUCCCUCGGGCGCUCAGUACUAUGAAGAGAGUGCCUACUACCCCGACGGCCACGGAGCCGGCUACUCCCACGGCCACAGCGGCAGCCAUGGCCACGAUCAACCCGGCCUGGGACCUCAGCCGGUCAUCCGCGACGUCUCUGCCCGGCGCAACACGCGCAUCGAGAGCCCCAGUGUCUUCCCCCAUCCGCAGCAGGGCAACGCCGGCAUAGCGCAGAACUUUUAA